UUCGGUUGAGUUUUUCGAGUUGUGGUAUUUUUUCAGAGUUUCAGAGAGCGGUGUAAUGUUAUUUAGUUUUACGUUUUUUUUUUUUUUUUGUUUUUGUUAUGGUAAGCAUAUUUUGAGAAAAAGGUGAAAAGAAGAAGAAGAAAAGUUUAUUAUUGCAAUUUGUAUAAAUUUACAGUUGAGUGUAGCUUUUGGUUUUUCUUUUGUCGCAUGUUUCUGUAGCUGUUGUUGUACUUGUUCUUGUGGCUGGUGUUGAUUUUGGUGUUGUUGUAUUGUAGUUGUAGUUGUUUGUGUAACUUAAGAACUAAUCGAAUCGGUAAGUGCAAGUUAGUUGGGAGCCAAUAUCUGAACAGAACUCAGGAAACAUCAAACGAUAACGGAACCAAUAAGAAACUCAAGGAAUGUCGAAAAGGAAAAAAAAAAUGAAAAGAAUUACGACAACAUCCAACAAAUACGUUACGAUAUACGGACCACUUGCGAUCAAACUGUGCAGUUGAUCUAUGGAAUAUAGUACAGUCAGAGGGUUACGUUUCAGAGAGAUCGACAGAUUCGAUUGGCUUCUUGACAUUCCGUCAAAAGUGGAUGUUGAAAAGUACAAAAUAUAGAGUUUCUGAAGGUUUUUGUGCAACAAAAUAAACAUAUCGAUCGGUGCGGUUGCUUAACACUUUCAUUAUUUACAGAAGGAAAGUAGGUGCUAAGGAUCGAUCUUGGAAGUAUCUUGAAAAGACCGCCAAAUCUUGGGGUCUUUACGGAGGUGAAAAAACAUGAGUCGUAUAUUACAAAAUCAAAAUGAUAAGUUCGAAGAUGAGGAAACAAAAUACGUAUAGAUGAACACUUUUCGUUUUUGGUCGUUGGAAAUUUUUUCUGUUUGUCUGUUGCAACAGUUUGGUUGGUUUUUAUACAUACAAGCUUUAUAUGACUUUCUUUUUGGAUUUCUUAUUUUUUGUUUUUUUUUUUUCAGUUGCUUUGUUAAAACAAAAUGUACACAUAUUGUUGUAUUUUUUAUAUAUCUGUAUUGAUAUUUGUCAAAGCGCAGUGGGAAGUUUUGUUGUAUUUCAUUUUGCCUUCACUAUAAUCAAAAAGAAACAGAUAAAACACAAAAACAUUUGGAAAAACUUUGUCGGAGAACUGAAACCGAAAAAAACUUUCAAUCGAUGCGAAUUACUUGUUGGCAUAUUAGCGGAGGAAGCGCAGGCAGAUGAUGGGUCGGAUUCGGAUUCGGAUUCGGAUUCGGAAUCGGUGGGGAUUAACUAAUGCAACUAAUGCAAGCACUAUUACCGUAUAGCUUUAAAAAUCUAAAACGUGUGUAUACUGUAUGUGAAGGAGGGAAGUGACUAAUGGGGACUCUAAUGAAUGAAUGGAAACGAUAUGAUAAUUGACCUGCUUAUACUAUAUAGUGGUGUAAAUGAGUUCGAUCGGAGAACGAGUCUUUCGCAUCUCCCAUUCAUAAGUCGAGCUGAACUGAAGCUAAAACUGGAUUUGGAAUUGAAGCAGGUGUAGGGCAAGUCAAGUUCAGAAAUCUCGCUCUUGGCGACUUAACAAGUGGCUCGUGCCCAGGUGAACUACCCCACUGCGGUUGAUUAUAAUGCUAAUUAAUCCCCAGUCAUGUUGCUGAUCGGCCCAACCAGCCUCUAGCUAAUGGCCUGGGUUUUCUGAUCCAAUCACACUCAUACACGGUUCGAAGUAACUCACUCAUCCACUGACGCAAAGCCCGAAGACACCUGUGAAAUAUGAUGUCGCACCACGGGAAAAUCUUUAAAUUUCAAAACACUACUGAACAGGGAGAAAGAACUCUCUCUCUCUUACAGAUUAUUCACCUUGAACCUGUUUCAAAGUGCGGGCUGUCAGAUCGGUCUGACUGAUUAAUUAGCCACAAUUAUUGGCAGACUAUCUAUAUUAGCUGCAGUCGUGUAUGAAAUCACGCCGAAAGUAUUUUUUAAUAUCGAAAAAUCAUCACCGUUCGAAGACAAAGACGCGGGACAAUUUACCUCACCAAAGCGCUUAAAUCACAUAAUGAAUUAUUUAAGUUCAGCAUGAAUCACAGUCCGUAAUUUAACAAAAAAAACUCAAUUUUCAAGACUGAAGCUCGAAAUUUCGCCCGUCGACCUGAGUGGCUUACCAAAUGAUCUACGAGAUGCAAAUCCGUAAGGUAAAUAAACGCUCAACUUGUCACUCAACCUGUUUUGCACAUUGUAAUGUAAUUCGAAAACUAUCUACAGUCUACAGUCGAUCUACAAUCGAAAUCGAAAUCAAAAUCUGAGGAAGUGGCAGACUGGCAGUUCCAAGAAAUCUCGCAAAUAUUCCUGGGAUCCACUUGUUGUGACGUAGUGCUCGUUUGUUUACGCUCCAAAUGUGGCUUUUGUAAACAGUGAAUGAUAAAGCAAUAUCCGACUGAUAACCGGCUUGGAGCCACCGAUGCACUCAGUUCGCGGGCCGAGAGCCUGACUCUGAGCUUGGCUUCGGAGCCCAGUAGUUGGCGAUCGGUGCUGUAAUCCGAAGGCUUACAGUUUAUAUAUAGCGCGGUGAGGCGCGCGAGCGUCAUUUAGUCACGAAGCUUUAACCAAACCGGACCGAAGCGCGAACCGCGAAGCGCACACCUAGCCACAAUGUUUCAGAAAAGGAUUAUCGAGUUGAUCACGGUGCUGGUGUACUGGGUGAUCAUCACGCCGACCACCUACAAGUAUUGCACCGAAAAUGGAGUGGUGCGGAUGAGCUUUGACACCCUGGUGGGCACCGUGGGCGACCACUGCACCCUGGCCCUCUGCCUGAUGAUUGGAUACGUCGUCUUCUACCGCAUCAUCAUAUUCAUCUACAUGAAGCUGAAGGUCUGCGACAUACGGAUGUGGGACGAGCUGCAGCGGGCCAAGGAGGAUCCGGAGGCGCAUUUGGACAAGAAGUCCUACUACCAGCCCGUGUCCACCGAGAACAUCGAUGUGGUGGACUCUGGCAAGAAGAAGGGCAAGCCAGCGACUCCGAAGAUGAUCAGGACCAUCAGCAAUCCGCUGCUCAUCGAAAGCGAUCUGGCACGCAUCCACAUAAAACACGAGACGCGGCCGCUGGAAAGUGCCACCCUACCCAGGCUGCAGCAGGCACAGGUCCACCCUAGCCCCAGUCCCAGCCUGAGAUGUGCACCACCCGUGCCGCAAAUGCAGAAAAGCGCCACUCUGCCGAAUCAGCACAGCAAGGGAGUGAUUAUGUCUCCCAAGGUUCUGAUGCCCAGACCUCAACAGGUGUAGACAUAUGUGAUUAUUGCUAAGGAGUCGGCUCAUAUUAACGAACUUCUGAGCUCAACUUAAAAGGAUCAAGUCCGCAUCAAGUAUUAGCUACUGCCCAAAGAUCGAUAAUCGAAAGAACACGAAAUUAGUCAAUUAUCACAUUCCAGUGUACUCGUUCGUGCGAGCUAAAUUAAUUCUUUAGUUAGUGAAUAUAUAUUUAUUGCUAGUCAUAAGGCAGCUAUUGUUAUCUGUGCAACUAUUUAUCGCAACGCUUAUGCGUAAUAUGCGUGAAUUUAUGAAAAAGAAAUAAAUUAAAUGCAUCUUUUGUAAAAAUAAAA